AUGGACACCAGUGGUGGGAAAGGAGAGGAGAGGAGAGCAGAGGAGGAGGAGGAGGAGGAGGAGGAGGAGGAGGAGGAGGAGGAGAGAAAAGGCGGCAAAAAGUUGGCAUGGCUUUGCAGAAGAAGGAAACCACGCUGCAGCACGAUGCAACCACUAAAGCAGAUGCAGCCUAUGGGAGGUGGUUGUGGCCCCUGGAGCACUGCGAGCUUUGGAGGGUGA